GACCGGGAGGAAAGGGACUUCCGAUGGCUCAGACUCCUGCUUUGUAAGCCUGCGCACAGGACCACAAGGUCUCGUGGGCCGGUAGGUGCUCAUGGUCAGGGGCCUGACUGAUGUGUCGUUGUCCGUCCCUCUGCUGAUGACCCCGGCGAUGCUGGACGUCCAAGCAGCUGCGAGCAGGGCGGCCUCAGCACCACUGUGCGAGGCCUGAGGACCGUCUGCCCAUCUUGGAUCCCGCGAGAAGAGCGGGCCUUCCUGUUGGACAAUGAGUGUCCCGAUGGCUCCCAAGAAAGCCUGCUACGGGCAGUUGAGGGACCACAGGAACGGGGUGACCAAUAAUAACGAGACGGUCCUUAGUUUGGGAGACAGAAAUGCCAACCAAAUCGUGGUGGAGGCCGGCCCCCCUCACGCCGAACCCAAGACGUGUGGGCAGGCAGAUGGAGCCGAGAAUGGGAACUCCAUGGGGCUAGAAGACAUGUCCAACGAGGAAUUCCACAGGCUUCGGGGCUCUGGGCGGGACUCGCAGGGCGGCCCUGCCAGCCAGAAAGAGGGUCAGGCCACUUUGAGGGUGGCGUUUCCUGGGGAACUGAGUGAGCACAUGAUGGGGGGUAGCACAGCUCCUCUGAUGACCCCGUGGGUUGUCCAGGGACCCAGCCCAUCGGACCGGAGGGAUCCUUUCGAUGAGACCUGCCCCAGGGUUUCCACGAAACGGGAUGCUGAGGUCCCCAAGGAGAAGUCAGCCAAGACCGUUGACUGUGAGGAGCAGAGGAAGCAUUCCGCAGAGAGGGGGAGCAGCUAUGCUUUCUGGAUGGAGGCGCGCACUAAGGACCAUGUGGGGAUCCUGGCUCAGCCUGCCACAGGAGACUCCACUGAAGCCCCACGUUGUGGCACCGGGGCUGCAGGGAAACCACUGAAGCCAUUGCCAGACCACUCUGACAAUGCCGCAGAGGACAAGACGGGGCUGCGCCCUAAACCACCUACCUCAGAAACCAAGCAAGACACUCCUUCAGAGACCCUGAGGGAGGGAGGGGACACACCGAGCAUCAGCCUGGAGAGGAUACCACAGCCUCCAGGGACAGAGCCCUCUAAGACAGUGCCCUCCAAGGGCACCCCCAGCCAGCCAGAAGCACAAUCAGCUCAAGGGCAGGGAGAGCCCAAGUCUGAGCUGAAGUGGGUUCAGGAAUUGACGUCGACCGGGCCAGAGUGGCUGGAGGGGACUAAGGAAGUGUGUCUGUCACCCCUGCGGAGAAAAGAGCCGUGUGGAAAGGCAGAGAUGGCCUCCUCACCCCAAGAAGAACCUGGUGGCGGAAGCCGUCUGCCCCACUGCAGUCUCCACCCUGUGGGGCUGGGAGGAGGGGGUCCUGAUGGACCUGGGGCCCACCAACAGCACCCGGGGUCCUUGGGAGCGGCAGGGAGCCUGUCCACUGGCACCGUGUCACCAAGUGUAGGCAGGAAGUUGGGAGAAACACCACCAGGGGCUAUUUCAGCAGGUGAUGGCAAGGUGGCAUCUGCUCCUGGUGACCCGCCAGGCGCUGAGAAAAGAAGCCCAGUGGGCAGUGGGCACCAGGACAUGACCGCAGGCUGCCCUUCAGACCCUUCUGCCAAAGAGGGUGAUCCUGGGGCCCCUGGGGCCCUUGUCCCUCACAGCAGCGGUGCAGACGCAGGUGAGAAAACAAAGACAAUGACAACACAUGUUGCAGAAGCUAGGGACCUUCCCGAAGACCCGGCCGAGACGGAAAGCGCCCCAGCAGGAGCCAGCCCUCUCCCUGGUGUCCCGGCAUCUCUCAGUGUCCCAGCUGUGACUGUGACCCACCAGCCCAUACCAGCAAGUAGCAACGUCCAGAAUCUGGGCACGCUGGCUGUGGACGCUGGGUCCUCCAUGGCUGUCCCCACUGCCCCUGCCAGUGUGCAGGUGUUGAACACUUCCUGCAGUGGGAUCCCCAAGCCUGCCUUGACAUACCUCAAGGACACCCCUUCCCCGCAGGAGGGACUGGAGAAUGGACAGAUGGAAAAAGCAGAGGAGAGGGCGGAGGCCAAGCCCGUCCUCAUGCCCAAGCCCAAGCACGUGAGACCCAAAAUCAUCACCUACAUUAGGAGGAGUCCUCAAACUCUGGGCCAGGUGGACACCUCGCUGGUGCCGGUGGGACUCCCUUACGCCUCCCCCGCAUGCAGCCUGCCUCUUCCCAAGGAGGAGAAGACCGCAAGCGGGGACCUCAAGCCACCUGCUGCCCUCUACGAGAAAUUCAAGCCAGACUUGCAGAAGCCACGAGUCUUCAGCUCCGGCCUGAUGGUGUCGGGAAUCAAGCCUCCCGGGCAUCCCUUCAGCCAGAUGAGUGAAACGUUUCUUCAGGAGGUUACAGAGCACCCCGGAAAAGAAGACUUCUGCCCUCCUCCGUUUGCUCAUUACGAAGUCCCUCCGACUUUCUACCGAUCUGCCAUGCUGCUGAAGCCCCAGUUGGGAUUGGGUGCGAUGUCCCGUCUGCCGUCGGCAAAGAGCAGGAUUCUGAUUGCGAGCCAGAGGUCAUCUGCGAGCGCCCUUCAUCCACCGGGGCCCAUGGCAGCUGCAGCCAGUCUCUACACUGCGGACCCUUCAGCAGAUCUGAAGAAAACGUCCAUUUCCAACGCUGCCAAAUCCAACCUCCCCAAAUCCGGACUGCGCCCUCCCGGCUACUCACGUCUCCCGGCCACCAAGCUGGCAGCGCUAGGCUUCGUCCGCAGCGCUAGCGUCUCCUCCGUCUCCAGCAACCAGUCGGCGGACAGCGCCCAAACGGAGCCCGCCAGGACCAACCGUCCAGCCUUUGGGAAUGAAGACCAGCCGGCUCUGAAGGCCACACUGCCCUCCAAAGAUGCCCCCAGGGUCACCAGGGCGGCCCCCCCAGCCCCCUCCAGUGUGACCCCCUCCCGAAGGAGUUUACUUCCUGCGCCCAAACCUACAGCCGUGCCCACCGGUACAGGGACCAAGAAAGAAGGUCACAAAGAACAAGAGGCUCACAAGCCGGCCGUCUCGUCGCCUAAGAGAAGCGCAGCUUCCACCCCCAAGCUCCACUCUCCAGCCUUCGUGCCACGCAUUGGCCUGCACCUUUGUGGGCACGAGGGGGGUGGGCGCCGCCUGGGCCUCAGUGGGACCCAGAGAACCCGUUGGCCCCAAAGUAUCGGCCAGGCCCCAUGUGUGCCGUUCCGGCUCACAGCACCCCACUUGGUGCAGCGGCUGAAGGACAGGUGUGAGGAGCAGGCCGGGCAGCUCCGCCGGCUGCGGGCCGAGCUGGGCAGGGCCGUCUGUGGCUUCGGUGCCCUGGCCGUCUCCACUCAGCACUUCUACUGGAAGCCACCGGAAGGAACGGAGUCCGCAGCCCAGGCCGCCGGGUGCUGGCGCCCAGGGCAGAGCGCGCGAGCCCGUCGCCGUCCCCGCAGAGAUAAGGAGCCCCUUAUCGAUAAGGAGCGGUCUCGGGCGCUGACCGUCACACGCGGCCCGGGGCUGGCCGCGUACGGGCCGGGGCCAGCCCCACGCGGGCCCUCUCCGGGCGGAUCGCGAUCGCCCUCCCGGGGCUCCCAGCCGCCGCCCCGCGCGCCUGCGGGCGGCCUUUGUGCUCCCCGCGCGCUCCCGGGCGGGUCCACCCGCGCCGGAGGAGGCGCCCAGCGGCCACGCCGGGGCCACGCUUGGCGAAUCGGUCCAAACGCCUGCGUGCUCGGCCCACUGGGUCGGCCUCGCUGA